GUCUCGCUGGAGGCGGCUCCCGCCGCCGCCGGGCUGUCGCAGCCCGCCGGCCUGGGCGGGAGGCUGGUUAUCCGGAACACGUUCUUCCACUUCCAGGACUACGAGGAGGAGCGCAGGGCGCUCCGACUGUUCCGCAGCUCCUCGGCGCCGGAGCUGCGGCCCCCGCCGCCCGCGGGCCGCGGCCCGGAGGCGCCCCGUGGCCGGCCGCCACCGCCCUCGGGCGCCGAGUGGCGCACGAGCCUGCUGUUCCGCAACGUGCCGUAUGCGCUCACGCGGGACAUGCUCGUGGAGGCCCUGGGCACGCAGGGUUACCGCGGGCAGUUCGACCUCGUAUAUCUGCCCAGGGAUUUCAAGACGAACCAGGCGCUGGGUUACGCCUUCGUCAACGCCCUCACCCCAGAGAUCGCUGCCCGCAUGGGCCGCUCCUUCGACGGCUUCCAGGCGUGGCCCGUGAAGAGCCAGAAGAAGUGCAGUGUGGGCUGGAGCAGGCGGCAGGGCUUGCAGAGCAACCUCGCCGUCUACCGCAACUUGACCGUCAUGAAGGGCUCCUCCCCCGAGGCCUGGAAGCCGGCUCUUUUCUUGAGGGGCAACCAGGUGUCGGCACGAUCGGAAUGGGUACGGAAAGGGUUCGCACGAAGACCGACAGCAGUUCCUGCCUAUGCUGAGCAGGACUCGUUGCCGACGUCGUCUGUUUUAAAGCAAGCAGACGCCCGCCCAGCAGUGGCCGCUGCCGGUUUUGGAUAG